AUGAAAUUUGGUCUACCCCACCCUCAUCGCGAAAAUAUACCCUGGACCAGAUCUACCAUCAACUCAUCUUCUACAAAAAUGUCUGCCACUGACAAGAAAUCGCUCCCAUUCUCGGAGCAGCAUUACUUCUCCUCAUAUGACCACUUUGGUAUCCAUGAGGAGAUGCUCAAGGACACAAGCAGAACUUUGUCUUACAGACAUGCUAUGUUCAAGAACAAAGACUUGUUCAAGGACAAAAUUGUAUUGGACGUUGGUUGUGGUACCGGUAUCCUUUCCAUGUUUGCUGCCAAGGCUGGAGCCAAGCACGUUUACUCCGUUGACAUGUCUAACAUCAUUGACAAGGCUCAACAGAUUGUUUCUCUCAAUGGCUUUUCCGACAAGAUCACCUUGAUCCAGGGAAAAUUGGAGGACAUCAAGCUUCCAGUUGACUCUGUUGACAUCAUUGUGUCCGAGUGGAUGGGAUACUUCCUUCUUUACGAGUCUAUGUUGGACACUGUGUUGUACGCUAGAGACAAGUACUUGGUUGAGGGUGGUUUAAUUUUGCCAGACAAAUGCUCCAUGUACAUUGCUGGUAUCGAAGAUGGCCAGUACAAGGACGAGAAGAUCAACUACUGGGAAGACGUCUACGGUUUUGACUACUCCCCAUUCAUCGAGGUCGCUAUGGCUGAGCCACUCGUGGACACCGUGGAGAACAACACAUUAAUCACCUCUGCUGAAAAGUUCUUCGAAUUUGACAUCAACACUGUGAAGAAGGAAGACUUGGCUUUCCACCGCUCAUUCUCCUUGAAGGCUAUUGACGCAGACUUGUGCCAUGCCUACAUUGUUUGGUUCGAUUGCGACUUCCCAGGUUCUGAGAAAGUCACUUUGUCAACCGGUCCAAUGAGCCACUACACUCAUUGGAAGCAGACCGUGUUCUAUAUGGACCAGGUUCUUGACUUGAAGAAAGGUGAUGUUAUCGAGGGUACUAUUGCAUCUAGACCUAACGCCCUUAACCCAAGAGAGUUGGAUAUUGAGAUUCAAUGGGGCUUGAACACCUCGGCUGGAGAUGUCUCCAGAGAGCAAAAGGGUAAGUACAAUUACUUCAUGAGAUAA